CUCUCUCUCUCUUCAUAUUCGAACCAAAAAACACCUGUGAAGCAUGUCUUGGUCGAUUCAUGGUUUCAAGCUAUUUGAUUUCUGAAUUCAAGUGAAUCAUAUCGAUUAAAUUAAAGUUCUUUUCUGAAUUUCAUGCUCGAUUCAUAGUCUACAACAACCGUUAGCUAAUCGAUUUCUUCACAUUCUUUCCAUCUUUUUCUAAUUUUAUGAUUUUUCUAAUUUCUCCUUCUUUUCACGAUUUCAGAAAAACCGAAUGUUCUUUCCCUGGUUGUUUUAAUUUCGUUUGUUUGUUAUAGAACUGGGAAGCUAUUCAGGUUAUUUGGUUUAAUUUUUUUAUGAAGUUGUGUAAUUCCUUGUCCAACAACUAUUACUGAACAGAGAAAACAUGUCUUGGUUUCUUGCUAAAUUGAUAGAACAUAAAACAUUUUGUGGUUUUGUUGUUUUACUAUCAAUAUAUGUCAUUUUGCUUUUUUGCUAUCAAUGGAAUAUGUAUACUGUUUUUCUGUUUUACAAGAAAAUGUCUCGACUUAGUUUAACAACACGCAAUCGUAGACAAAGGCAAACUUCAUUGAUUUUAACAUGGUGGAACGUGGUUUUACACGUUGUUGUAAUCCUUUUCUUAAUGAUAUUCAAAAAGCAUAGGGAUAAACGACGUAUUAAGCAUCUUUCUUCAAAUGUACAUCGAUACCCAAUACUACAUAGAUACGUUUAUGAGAGUGACACCAUGUCUAUAUCACAAAUUAGGAUGUCUAGAAUGUGUUUUAGUAAAUUAUGUUGUAUGCUUGAAACAUUGGGAGGCCUAAAACCAAGUAGGAAUAUGGAGAUUCAUGAAAAAGUUGCUAUUUUUCUGCAUAUUCUUGCUCAUAAUGUUAAGAAUCGUGUUAUAAUAUGUCGGUUUCGUCGCUCGGGAGAAACGAUUAGUAGGCAUUUUAUUCGAGUUUGUAAUGCAGUCAUACGAUUACAUAGUCAUUUGCUUAAGAAACGCGAACCUGUUCCCAAUAACUCUACUGAUCAAAGAUGGAAGUGAUUUAAGAAUUGUUUAGGAGCUUUAGAUGGAACAUAUAUAAAGUGUCUAGUUCCAGUCGAAGAUCAGCCUAGAUAUAGAACAAGAAAGAAUGUCAUUGCAACAAACGUUCUAGGGGUUUGUUCCCAAGAUAUGCAGUUUAUAUAUGUGUUAACUAGAUGGGAGGGGUCGACUGCGGAUGGUAGAGUUCUUCGUGAUGCUCUUCUUAGACCACAUGGAUUUAAAGUUCCAAGGUCGGGUUAUUAUUUGGUUGAUGCCGGAUACACAAAUGGAGAGGGUUUUCUAGCACCUUAUAGAGGACAGAGGUACCACUUAAAUGAAUGGCGUCAUGGAUACCAACCAACUACGCCAAAGGAAUUCUUUAACAUGAAACAUUCAUCGGCAAGAAAUGUUAUUGAACGAUGUUUUGGCCUUUUGAAGAAAGAUUGACAAUGUGUUUAUGAUAUGGUAAACGGUUCAAACACAAGCAGUUUUGGUUAUGACCCCGAAAAGCAUUGUAUUACUUCUGAGGAUCCGGUCUGGGAGGCGUACCUACAAGUACAUAAAGAAGCGACUAGAUGGAAACACAAAACAUUUCCUUAUUAUGAAGAUCUUUGCAUUGUUUUUAGAAAAGACCGAGCUCAAGGAAAUAGAGCUAGAGAUUUCAUGGAGAUGGAACAAGAGGUGAAUUUAGAAGAAGAAACGCAAGAUUCAGAUGACGAUUUUCUAGAUUCAGAGGAAGUUAGUCGUACUACAGCCAUGCAACAUGAUGAAACUUCACCGAGUGUUCGUUCCAAGAAGAGGAAAAAUCGAAACGACGAGGGGUUUAACAAGGCAGUUGGCUUAAUUACAGAAAGUCUUAAAGAAAUAUCAAAGGAUUUGAGUGAAGGUAUUAAAUUUGACAUGAAGAUUAACGAGUUAAGUGAGAAGAUCCCUCCGGCGAUUUUAAAGAUGAAUUCAAUAAGUCAACUUGAAAAGUUCAAAGCUUUGACCAAGAUAAAAAGUGAUCUCAUUAAUGUUCAAAAUUUUUGGGAAAUUGAAGAAGGUGAUAGAGAAGCUUGGGUAAAAUACAUUUUGGAAGGGUAGUAUUACCAGUUGGGAUGUGCAUUGGAUGUUGAUCGAUAUUUUGCAUAUGAAAGUUUUUGGUGCCUUCGAUUUGGAUGUAACGAAAUAAUUUAGGUUAACUUUUUUUUUGGUAACAAUAUUAAGAUAUCUAGUGAAGAAGGUGAUAGCUUUUAAGUUAUGUUUUUUGUGGUAACAUUAUUGGGAUGUGUAUUUAAAGAAUUUUAUAUGAAGUCAUUUGCAUGAUUUUCACAUUA